AUGUUUUCUCAGCCUGGGGUUAUUAUGAGGAGUAAAUUUAACUCACUCAUCAAUAAUAAUGAUGUCGUUGCAACAGAUGCUUAUUCAAAUAGUAACUAUGGAGGGAGCGCUAACACGUUCGGAAGGGAGAUGGACGGAUCAUCAUAUACAUCAUCAUCACUGUCUGCUUCCAAACCGAAGACUGUUCAGAAAUUGCCUUGGGAAGAGCCACAGCAGCAAAAACCGGGAAGUACCAAAUUGAAUUCAUACAGGGUGACCAACUCAGUCCAUACAGGGGGCGUGCAACCAUCAACCAUUAAUACAAACAUGAAACAGUCUCGGAUUAACAGCGGAUCAAGUGUUCCAAUGUUUGUAGACGACAAUGAAAGUGAUACAACCCCUCGUUCUUCGAACAAUGCAAAUUAUUACGAAGAAAUUUCAAAUUCAUCAAGCACAAAACAAUCUCUUUCUUCAAUGUAUUUAGCUAGUAAGAAAGCUUCAUCUUACUCUGCAGUUACUUCUAUGGAAGAAGAGGAGUCUCUGGAGGCCAAGAAGGCGGAAGAACUAAGAAAAGCCAGAAAGCAAUCAGCUCCUCCAACGUCGAAACCAUCGUCGAAGCCACCAUCAAGAAGUUCUUCUAGACAAUCCACAAGAAGUGAAAACGAAGAUGAAUAUUCUACCGAGAACGUGAGAGGAUCAGUUCAACGGUACGAUUCCGCAAUUAAGGCAGUGGUGAACGGAGCUGCCUCACCAGGAAAACCACGACUGAGCGCCAGCAGAACAAAACAGCCAAUAUCCGGAAACUCAAAUUCAUCCAUUCAAACCCCAAAAGAGCCAUCUCCAAGUGUAACAACAGCAAAUGCAUUUUCCAAGCCAAAAAACGUUCAAGAAGCAGCUCUUCCUGAAACAACAAGAUCAGUCGUAGGAUCCAAAAAGACUUCUCACACAUGGAUUCAGGCAAGUGUGACACCUUUAGAUCUUUAUCACAAGACCUUGGAAUUAGAAAACAUUGUGGUAAAACCGGAAGAAAAACCUUCACGCCCUAAAUUCAAAUUCAUUGCUCGGAAAUCAGGAACCACGGCAUUUGUUGAAUCAACCACAAGAGGAAAACCAUCUGUGGUGUCUCAAUCAAGAGAUGCUUAUGCAGCCGCCCAAACUAAGUCUGUUAGCAAGUCAGUUCAGCCACCUCAGAGACCAGUUCAACAACCGCAAAAACCAGUUCCAAAAAGAGCACCUCCACCUGUGCAUGACGAGGAAGAGGAUGAAGAGGAUGAUUCCUAUGAUGACGAGCAAGAAGAAGAGGAAGAAGAAGAAACACCACCAGUGAAGCAACCACCAAAAAAACAAAUUACCUCUAAGCCUCAAACAAACAGCUUAUCAUCUUCUAAAAAACAACAAGAACCUCCAUCAAAAACCACAAAACCAACAACUAAAUCUGUACCACAAAAGCCCAUUCCUAAGGAAGAAGAAGAGGAGGAAGAAGAAGAGGAGGAAGAAGAGGAGGAGGAGGAUAAUCAAGACGGUACCGAUGUGAACAGCAUGCAAAUUAAGGCAGUUGGUAAUAAGGAUAGUAAAUCCUUGUUCGAACAAAUGCUGGAGGCAGAAUUAAGAAGAGGAGAGGCAGUAGUCCAAGAGCAAGAAACCGAGAGAAAAUGUCCUCAUUGCAAGGAAGAGAUUCCUGUCAAGAUAUUCGCAAAGCACAAAAAGCAAUGCAAAGAACGGCAUGAGAAGAAACGAAAGGUUUUCAAAGUUGACAUUUUGGACGAAGAACUUGCAAAAGAAGCGGCCAAAGUGAAAUCAACAGCUCCAGUGAAAACCAAGCCAAAUAAUUGGAGAAGAAAACAUGAAGAAUUUCAACGAACCUUAGGCAAGGGAACAAAGGAUGAUAAGAAUGGAGGUGCGUAUGAUUACUACGAGCCACCCGAACCCGUUGACGACCGAGUGCAAUGUGAAUACUGUGGACGAAAAUUCCAAGAAGAAGUCCACGAAAGACAUGUUAAAUCUUGUGCUGAACGAAACCUGAAGGCCAAGAUGAAAGAAAGGGCAAACAGUGGAAAAACAUCGUCGGUACAGCCGACCAACGGAGCUUCAUCAGCUGGUGGAAUCGCAAGGAAAAAUUCUGUUUCAAGCUCAUCUUCAGCUAGUUCUAGGCAGUCUUCAGGGUUGUCAUCGACGCGUUCUAAACAAACACCGACCUAUUCUUCUGCACGAAAAUACUGA